CGAAGAUGGAUGGUCCACACCUACCACCCUUACCACUGGCAAGAAUCAUGCCUUUAAGCUUUAUCAUCUCCUACUAACUUGCGCACAUUCGAUGCACCUAGACUCCUUUUCCAUUAAGGAUGCUUCUAUCGUCCUGCCUCAGGCCUUCCUUUCGAAUAACCCCUUCAAAACCCUCAUCCUGGACUCCCAUUGCUGGAAUUGGAAACAAUAAGAGCAGCAGACUCUCUUUUUUCCCAAUAUUUAGGGCAUCUUCUAUUUCGACUGUUUCUACUGCAAAAGAGGACGCUGUUAUGGCUCAAGAUGGACCGAUUCAUCAGCAUCCCGUGCAGGUCGCAAAGCGUUUGGAGAAGUUCAAAACGACCAUCUUCACGCAAAUGAGUUCACUUGCCAUACAACAUGGAGCAAUAAACCUCGGCCAAGGAUUCCCGAAUUUUGAUGGUCCCGAUUUCGUCAAAGAUGCAGCCAUUCAAGCCAUUAAAGAAGGAAAAAAUCAAUAUGCUCGUGGGUACGGAGUCCCCGAUCUCAACUCGGCCAUAGCUGCCCGUUUCCAGAAAGAUGCCGGACUCGUGGUGGACCCUGAGAAGGAAAUCACCGUUACUUCUGGAUGCACGGAAGCAAUUGCAGCAACUAUUUUAGGCUUGAUAAAUCCCGGAGACGAGGUGAUUCUUUUUGCUCCUUUUUAUGAUUCUUAUGAAGCUACAUUGUCCAUGGCCGGCGCCAAAAUAACGUGCAUCACGUUACGGCCACCGGAUUUUGCUGUUCCGAUCGAUGAACUCAAAUCCGUGAUCUCGAAAGAUACACGCGCGAUCCUUAUGAACACUCCACAUAACCCGACCGGAAAGAUGUUUACUCGCGAAGAACUUAAUCAGAUUGCAUCUUUAUGCAUCGAGAAUGACGUUUUGGUUUUUAGCGAUGAAGUUUACGAUAAACUGACGUUCGAAAUGGAUCACAUUUCAAUCGCGUCUCUUCCCGGGAUGUAUGAAAGGACUGUGACUUUGAACUCACUGGGCAAGACUUUCUCACUAACAGGCUGGAAAAUCGGGUGGGCCAUAGCACCACCGCACUUGAUAUGGGGGGUUAAACAAGCUCAUUCAUAUCUUACUUUUGCUACCUCCACCCCGAUGCAGUUUGCCGCUGCAGCGGCUUUACGAGCUCCGGAUUCGUAUUAUGAGGAGUUACGGAAGGAUUAUAAGGCGAAAAAGGAUAUUUUGGUGGAGGGAUUGAAGGAUGUCGGUUUUACAGUAUACCCUUCAAGCGGGACGUACUUUGUGGUGGUGGAUCACACUCGGUUUGGUCUUGCGGAUGAUAUUUCAUUUUGUGAGUAUUUGAUUAAAGAAGUCGGGGUCGUUGCGAUCCCAACGAGCGUGUUUUAUUUGAACCCGAACGAUGGGAAGAAUCUUGUGAGAUUUACCUUCUGCAAAGAUGAGGAAACUUUGAGGAGUGCAGUUGCAAGGAUGAAGGAGAGAUUGAAAAGGUAAGUCAAGCAAUUAGAGUAUGUUUUUAUCA